AGCUUGUCGUUGCUUCCCAUUUGUGUUUUAAGAAUUUUCCGAGUGUACCCCCAUCUCACGGGAACAUGGAUCCAUCUUAAUAUGGCGGCGGUAGGGAGUCAAACUUUCCUUUUAGAUUAUAUGCAAUAUAGACUUAUUCUUUCGAUUUAAGACGCCUCUUCAUUAAAACCAGUAACACCUGAACCCUGCCAGAUGUACUUAGGUCGUCGGAAACAAACUGUUCCGUUUUAAUGAGGGGCUUCCAUCGAAGUUGAUGGUCGCUGACAUUGCUUGUUAUUCCAACCGUUGGUUUCAUUUUACUGGUAAACACGACAGGGGAGCAUUUGCUUGAAUUAGGAUAGAAGAUCACAGAUUGGACGUUCGUUUUUCCUUUUUUUUAAGAUAGUAGAUCGUUCCACUGGACGUUCAAGUUACCUUUCCUGUCAGGGCAAUUACAUAGGAAGUGUUGGAUGUCACUCUCAGCCAGUGUCAGGCGGAAUUUGUUUUGCUAGCACCGUUGAUCCUGGCAAAUCAAAUGGAGAAGCUUUCAGAUUUGAGCAAAUCCGAGCUUCAGGAACUUCUGGACAACCCGGCGAAGGUGGAGUCUAUGGCUCAGGAGUCUGAUGAGAUCCAAAACAUCCAGCUGGAGAGAGAGAUGGCGUUGGCGUCCAAUCGUAGCCUCGCAGAGCAAAACCUGGACAUGAAGCCAUGCUUGGAGUCUCAAAGAGAAGUUCUGGUGGAGAGAUACACACAGCUGCAGGCCAUCAGAGAUACCUACAGAGAGCACACCUCCAUAAUAGAUGGAAUGGUUGGUAAGGCGUCUCCAGAAGCACUGUUCUCCAGAAUGCAGACAGAGGGCAGCAAAGUAGAAACAGAGUCAGAGGUUUUAGCCGAUGAAUUCCUGGAGGGCUCGCUGCCAUUGGACUCAUUCCUUGACCGCUUCCUUGUUCUACGUUGCCUAGCUCACAAAAGACGCGUGCGGGUAGAGAAGUUCCAGGAGGUCCUGCGACAGAGAAAAGAGGGUAAUCCCACAGCUAUGACAUCAUCAUCAGGUAUCAGCCAACCUGUCAAUCAGUGGAACCCACAGACCACGACAGCAGGCCAGCAGCAGGCAAACUCCAAAGGCUACCGUAAUAUCCCUCAGCCUGUUCCUCCGUCUGCGGGGGUCUCCUGUGGUCUCCCCUACAGCCAAUAUCCUGUCACCCCUUCCAACGCCCCCCCACCGCCAGUCCCGUUAGUGGCGGCGGGCUCUGACCCAGUCGUUCCCCCAUCGCAGAUACCUUCCUAUGCAGGCUCCGGCUCACCUUUCCCCCCAGCAGGGGGCUUCACUGGCCCCGGGUCAGCGUUCAAACCUCUGCCUUCGGUCGCCUGCCCGUACCCAACCCAGUCCUCUUUCCCCACCCCGUACCCGGGCUCAGCUUUUGGCCAAUACAACCCAACCCAGAGCAAUACAGCACUAUACCCAGGUUCGUACAACUAUGGCGGUUACAGCUAUCCGUCUAAUUCUCAGCCACCAACAGGAAGUCCCAUUUACAGACCAGGAUAUGGCGUUUCACAGCCAUAUUCCUAAAAAAUAAUAUUUUUUAAAUCCUGCUGAAUUCUUAAUUUGAUCUACUUUACUUCUUCCCUAUCCUACCAGAGUUUCACUAAUGGCUUCCUUUUCCUUGUCUUUCUGUCAAUCGCUAUUCCCUCUUUUUGGAUUCUAUGCUAUUCUGUAUCUUAAUAUUUACAUUCUUAUGUUCAUUUUCCUUCUCCAUCUCGCGCACCUCCCUUCCCUGAAAGUAUCUGUAUGUGUGAUAUUAUUGAUAUUUGGAGGAAGUUCUUUACACAACACUACAGUACAGUACAUCUUUGUCCAGCUGUUAUUAAAAAUCACUGAGAAAAGCUGGUGAUGUUGUCAGGUUACCUUGGCAUCAUAGGCAUGAUUCAACCCUUUUGCAUUACCCAGGUGUAUGUGUGUGUCAAUUCGUAAAACUACAGUGGUACCACAGUUUCCCUACACCCCACUUUUCGUAGUACAUUAGUACCACAACAUCCGCGCUAAAUUGGUUCUGUAGGGAGCUUUUACCUCAAAUCAACGUCGCCCAUGGGAAUGAAAUGAAAUCAAACUUGCCCCCUACCAAAAAACACAAUUUUAACAUGUAACAUGUCUUCUAAAACAUACUUUUAGAUAAGAAAUAUUGUAUUAAUACAAAACCAGUGAAGUUGGCAUGUUGUGUAAAUCGUAAAUACAAACAGAAUACAAUGAUUUGCAAAUCCUGUUCAACUUUUAUUCAAUUGAAUAGACUGCAAAGACAAGAUACUUAAUGUUCAAAAUGCGAAACUUAAAAAAAUGUUUGCAAAUAAUCAUUAACUUAGAAUUUAAUGGCAGCAACACAUUGCAAAAAAGUUGGCACAGGGGCAUUUUUACCACUGUGUAACAUGGCCUUUCCUUUUGACAACACUCAGUAAACGUUUGGGAACUGAGGAGACCAAUUUUUGAAGCUUUUCAGGUGGAAUUAUUCCCAUUCUUGCUUGAUGUACAGCUUUAGUUGUUCAACAGUCCGGGGUCUCCGUUGUGGUAUUUUAGGCUUCAUAAUGCGCCCCACAUUUUCAACGAGAGACAGGUCUGGACUACAGGCAGGCCAGUCUAGUACCCGCACUCUUUUACUAUGAAGCCACGCUGUUUUAACACGUUGCUUGGCAUUGUUUCGCUGAAAUAAGCAGGGGCGUCCAUGAUAAUGGUGCUUGGAUGGCAACAUAUGUUGGUGUUUUCCAGUUCAAAUGUUAAGUAUCUUGUCUGCAGUCUAUUCAAUUGAAUUUAGGUUGAAAAGGAUUUGCAAAUCAUUGUAUUCUGUUUUUAUUUACGAUUUACACAACGUGCCAACUUCACUGUUUUUGGGGUUUGUACAGUAGAAUGUACUGCAAACAACUACUGUAGUUUUUUGAAGUAAUGUAAUGAUAAUGUAUCAUUUACCUUGGAGAUUGGACUUCUAUGAUAUCUCCUUCUCGCUGCUUCUUUGUCAAACACACAGUCAGUGGCUUUUCCAUAUUUUAAUGGAUAAAUGUCCGCUGUUUGUAUGAUAUUUUGAUAUUCUUGGCGGGCUUUAGUCUUUGUGCUUCAGUUUGGUGUAGACUAUCAGUGAUUCGCUCGAAUUGUUUCGCCAAGUUGGCAACACGCUCGGUCAUGCUUUUGAUGAUUUAUUUCAAUUAAUAUAUUAUCCACUUUGUCCUUCACACUCACUUUAUUCAUUCCCUUUAUUCCUUAGGAAAACAAAGUUAUGUCUAUCUCUCGCUAUACGCUAAGGCUAUCGAAUAAGACCAGAUGUUUUGGGCGUAUCUUACAAGGACGCUUGGAACUCAAAUUUUUAUGAAAGCAUAGCAAUUAGCCGAGAGACAGCUCUUAUCUCAGCACACUCUUAAAUUGUUUUACUCUUAGGUUGAGGUAUCGCUGUGUUUGUCUGUUUUUUGACAAAAUUAUUCACAAAAUGUUGCCCCAAUUUUUGUAUAGGCUAACUGCACAAGCCUGACCAAAACACUAACAUGCAGCACGCCGGACAGAUACAGGAGUGUCUUAUUAACAAAAUAUGCGAUUGUAGAUGUGAGCCCAAAAAGCUAGCUCGCUAACUUUAGCAUGCUAAAAUGGUAACGCUAACAUGCAUCACGCAACGAAUUACAUGACUCCGAGGUGCAUGCAUGAAAAAUUUGCUUAAAAAUAGGCUAACUUGCUGAGAGUAUGUUUCAAAAACCAAUUUAUGAGCCAAAUUAGCUAAAAAAAAAAUAAAAAAAUAGGUUAGCAUGCUAACAGUUAGCAUGUGUCUAAACUUUUUUUGUUUAGUGACCCAUCCCGGGGCCCAAGAAAGUUGCGAAUGCCAGCCCUUUGAUUAAGGUGAUAAAUUCACUAUUAAAUUCAAGAAAGAACUUGUAGCAAAGUACAAAGUUGCCUUUCGCAUGGCUCUCCCCCCGUUGUCUAUUUGCCAUUGGUUUAUUUGCAUGCAAAACUAUUGUUAGUGUUAUGGGUUUUUUAUGUCUGUAACGGAUUAAUAAGAUUAAAUGAUUUUUGGAUAGGAAAAAUCCCUUCACUUUUAGUAUGAUUUGGUCUUGAUUGGAGGUUUGGGAAAGUGUUACUAUUGAAUACUGAGGUACCACUGUAUUCUUUAUUAAGUGCUGAAACUCACAAUUCUCGUGCGCAAAGAAUGUGACCACAAUAAUUGUAAUUAAUAUGUAAAAUUAAAAGCCUGCCUUUUGAAAUACAACUGAAACGUGGGUUGAUGCUGAGAAAGGACGAUAUUUUGAAUUGGGAGAAUAUGAAAUGAAAUACAUCAAUGGUAUGUGGAGAAACCUCUCAAGUGGUAAACACAACAUGUCAGUUGCAAUUGAUAACAUGUUAAAACCUAUAAUGAUUGAAAAUUGAAAAGCAAAAAAGUACAGAUGUACUAUAGAGUUGGAUAUUCAGAACCUAAAUGUUUGAGGACUGGAUUAAACCACAGAAAGUAAUUCUCAAAUGCAGGGACUUGGAACAUUCAACACCCCAACAAAUAAGAUUACUUCAUAGAUGUAUGAAUAUGUAAAAAUUCUAAUUAGCAGAAUAGCCGUCCUUUGUGCCGCACUAAUUGGUGAUAUGCAGUAUUUACUACUGAUGUUCAUAACAAUACAACAAAAUGUCACUGAAAGUAUAGUUAUAAUUUAGGGAAAUAGGAAUAAUCCAACUAAAAUCUGGCAUAUGGAGGAGGUAGAGUCUAAUAUAAUGUGUGCAAUAGAAAGAUAUAUACUGGAGCUGCAAUACGGACAGUAGUAGCAGCAGGUGUCGCUGAGGUGCAAUGAAUGCUAAUCUAAUAGAUGAGAUAUAUAUAAAAGACGGAAGAAUAUUUAGAAAGUAGCUCUUUAUUUUAGUAUAAUGUGACGGCCUCUGUGUACUUUCAUCACCUGGAAGGAAAGACAAAGUGAGCUAUUUGUUUUUGUUCUUAUUAGUGGUAACAUUCAAAUGAAACACGCACAUUAAAAUCUAACUGUAAAGAAGUUAAUUACAAGAAAUAUUUGUGAAUAUGAAAUCAACUUAAAGUGCAAAUACAAAUGUGGUUAUUUAAUUUUUUUUUUUUUCUGUAUUUUUAUUUUACAUUCUGUCUCUUGCUGAGUUUUCAAUAAACCUACAAUAAAAAUAUGUAUUUUUCA